ACAACCAAAUAAAACGCUAUUAAUUUGUGACGUUACAGGUAGUGUUGCUAUAGAAAUUAAAUCGAAGAAUAACAUAUCAUCAUUUACUUCGUGAUGUUUAAUAAGUGAACAGUAUGCUUUUAAGUAAUUUGUUUCUUGUAACUACAGUGUUAGUAGGUUCAGUUUUGCUUCUUUUUAAUGGAAAAGCCAGCGGAAAUACUUUAGAUAAUGAGACUAACAAAAUCCAAAGCAGUUUAGUCUCCAACGUACGCAAGAAACGGCACUUAUUUUUUAGAAAAUGGGGUGGCAUUGCUGGAGGAUAUGGAGGUGCUUAUAGUGGUGGAUAUGCGGGUGGUUACGGUGGUGGAUAUGGCGGAGGUUAUGGUGGUGGAUAUGGCGGUGGUUAUGGUGGUGGAUAUGGCGGAAAUUAUGGGGGUGGAUAUGGCGGAGGUUCUGGUGGCGCCUACGGUGCUGGUUACUGUUGUGGUCCAUCAUAUCCUGCUCAAUCGCAUUCCGUUCAAACUUAUCCAGUACAACCCCAACCUGUGGAAGUUCAAGAGGUUAAAACAUACUCCAUUCCAGUUACUGUAACUGAGCAAAAAGCAGCUCCACCUCCUCCUCCUCCCCCGCCACCACCACCACCACCUCCACCGCCGCCACCACCACAGAAAGAGGUCGAAGUGCGAAUUGUCAAAGUUCCAGUUUACUACCCACAACCAUAUCCGGUACCAGCACCAGCACCACCUCCGCCGCCUCCACCACCACCUCCACCUCCACAAAAGAAAAUUGUAGUGGUAGAGGAAGUGAAGCAACAGCAACCCCAAACAACUUAUACAAGUGGAACUGUAUGCUGCCAGGAUUAUGCCAACAAAUAUCCAUAUUAUUAUAAAGGCGGAUAUAAAAGUGGUCAAAUAUCGUUUGGAGGAGGAGGAGGAGGAGGAGGAGGUGGUUUCGGAUUUGGAUUUGGAGGCGGAGGAGGAGGAGGGGGCGGUUUCUCCUUUGGAAAAUGAUUUUUGUUAUUGUAAUUGUAAACUAUUUAAGUAUUGGGUAAUAAAAUAGUUAUCUGUUAAAUAUUACAGAAGUGUAGAUUAUAUUAUACUACAAAAGUGUAAAAUAUUUUAUAAGUUAAUAAUUUUUUAUUAAAAUAUAAAAACAUCAAGG